AGUGUAACUAAGGAUGAGAUUAAGAAUGAGACCAGCUCUCGCCUCUGUUGACUUCUCAAAAACAUUGAGCACGUCAAUAACUAUUUUCAACACUUCACCUCACGUUCUUUUUUAGUUUAAAUAAGUAUUAUAUAACUACGAUCAUGUUCAUCUAUUAAAAUCAUCCAUUAGUUCUCAACGCAAAGAAGAAAAAAAACGAAAGAGAGAGAGAUCAAACAACAUGUCAUCUUCCCUGAAGCAGAGAAACCCAACUAGUUCCCAAGCCAAUGACACCGAGCAAGAGCUCUCCGAGUCUCCACCUCCACAGCUAAGGAGACAACGUUCGACAUCUCAUCAGGCCAUGUCACAAACCCUAACGUCAGCUGCAAACUUAGCCAACCUCCUUCCGACGGGAACCCUCUUAGCCUUCCAGCUGCUCAUACCUGUCUUCACAACAAACGGCUCAUGCGAGUACGCGACUCGCGUUUUAACCUUAGUGCUGUUAACCCUUCUCUCCAUCUCCUGUUUCCUCAGCUCUUUCACGGACAGCGUCAUAGCUGAAGACGGUAACGUGUACUACGGGUUUGCUACUCGUAAAGGUAUGUGGGUUUUUGACUACCCUGACCCCUCCGGUUUGGGUUUGCCUGAUCUAAGUAAAUACAGGAUCCGGUUCGUUGACUGGAUCCACGCUGUUUUGUCUAUGCUUGUGUUUGGUGCGGUUGCUAUGAGAGACACGAACGCCGUGAGCUGCUUCUACCCAGCGCCGGAGCAAGAAACCAAGAAGGUUUUGGAUAUUGUUCCAGUGGGUGUUGGUGUUAUUUGUAGUUUGUUGUUUUUGGUUUUUCCGACGAGAAUGUUAUAA